AAUCUAUUACUAUUUUUUCAUGAAAUCCUUGAAAAAUUGAUCCAAAAAACAUCACUUCGUGUAUAAAUUAUUACGGAUAUAAGUAACUUUCUUAUUUUUAAGUAAAUAACAGUAAUCCCCGCCUAAAGUCAUAAAAGAAUGAGGAUUCUUGGAUUAACAUACUACACUUAAACAUGAAAUUAACCGUAUUAAAUUUUGUUUUAAUAGCGGUUGUAAUAGACUUUGCACUUGCCGACGAUCCCGAUGAUGGUAUUACGAUAGAAACAGAACCCGAUAGCUCAGAUUUAAUAUAUGAAAGCCCUCAAGUCUCAGACGAAUCAAAAGUGUAUUUUUCCGAACAUUUUGAUGACCCAGCUCAGUUUGACCGGAAAUGGAUCAAAUCUCAAGCUAAAAAAGAGGGUCUGGAAGAAGAUAUAGCCAAAUACGAUGGAAUUUGGUCUGUCGAGCCUGCUAUUAAAGAUGCCUUAAAAGGAGACUUGGGUUUGGCUCUAAAAUCUAAAGCCAAACAUGCCGCGAUAUCGGCUCCUUUACUAAGACCUUUUGUGUUUGAUAAGAAGCCUUUAAUCGUUCAGUACGAGGUAUUGCUUCAGGAAGGUCAAGAAUGUGGAGGGGCUUACUUGAAAUUGUUGAGUCAGGGGGAUGAAAGCAAGAAUUUAAACAAUUUCCAUGAUAAAACUCCCUAUAGCAUUAUGUUUGGGCCAGAUAAAUGUGGAAACGAUCACAAGUUACACUUUAUUUUCAGACACAAAAAUCCGAAAAAUGGAUCUGUUGAGGAAAAACACUGUCAGAAACCCAAAGAAAGGCUAGAAGAAACUUUCUCAGACAAGUUACCCCACUUAUACACACUGAUUUUGAACCCUGACAACACGUUCCAAGUAAAUAUUGAUCGAAAAUUAGUGAAUUCAGGCAGUUUAUUGGAAGAUUUUUCGCCUCCCGUAAAUCCACCAGCAGAAAUUGAUGACCCAGAGGACAAAAAGCCGGAAGAUUGGGAUGAGAGGGAAAAGAUUCCAGAUCCUAAUGCUGUCAAGCCAGAUGACUGGGAUGAAGAUGCUCCCGCUCAAAUAGUAGAUGAAUCUGCGGUGAUGCCUUCAGGAUGGCUAGAAAACGAGCCAACGCACUUGCCAGACCCUAAAGCCGAAAAACCAGGCGAUUGGGAUACUGAAAUGGACGGAGAAUGGGAACCGCCUCUCAUAGAAAACCCCGUUUGCGCAGACGCACCUGGUUGCGGCGCUUGGGAACCCCCACUGAUCAACAAUCCCGCUUUCAAAGGCAAGUGGCGUUCACCGCUUAUAGACAACCCUAAUUACAAGGGCAAGUGGCGGCCAAGGAAGAUACCCAACCCUGAUUUCUUCGAGGACCAGCAACCCUUUAAAAUGCAAUCAGUGAGUGCAGUUGGUUUUGAGCUGUGGUCAAUGUCACAGGACAUCCUUUUCGACAACAUCAUUGUUACUGAAGAAAUAGCAGUGGCGGAACAUUGGGCAGAUGCAACUUUUGAUAAGAAAAGACAAAAAAUUGCUAGAGACUCGGAUAGUGUAGUCCAAAAGCUAGCCAACCUAACCAACGAAUAUCCUAUCCUGUGGGCUGUGUACAUUAUCGUUUUAGGUAUCCCUGUAGUAUUUAUUUUGUACUUGUGCUGUAAGCCUUCCGCUAGUCAAACUCAGGAACAGGCUGAACAGCAGCAAGCCGCUGAAAAGAAGAAGACUGACGAACCGACUGAAGACGACGAGGUAGCUGGUAAAAAAGAAGAGCUAGACAAGAAAAUCGUGGAGGUCGACGAUGAAAAAGAAGAGGAAGAGGAAGAAGACGAGGAAGACGCUGAGAAGAAUUCCAAUCCUGAUUCGGAUGAGGAUAAUGUUGGUGCUGAUGAGCAGGUAGCUGCAUCUGGCGAGGGUACAAGGAAACGAAAAGUGAGAAAGGAUUGAAUUUGGUAUUGUUUGUUAAACAUUUUUACCGCUUAGAAUCCUACCGACUUUGAUAGCUUUAGUUUAGGUAUUUAAUAUUUAAUUUUUCUAAGGUCGUAUGUACGAAGGACAGAAUUAAAAUCAAGCUACGCCAGAAAUUCUGAACGCCGGCAAAACGGUUUGUUUUGACCGGCGGGCGGGUAAAAUUGGUAUUGCGGGAAUUUUGGUAUUGGCUAUUUUUAUAACUUCGAUUCUUCCUAUGUACGAUUUACGUGUAGGAGAAAUUUUUGUAUUUUCCGAAAAAUAAUCAUUAUAAUUAUUGUAAUUGCCCCGUUAUUGUACAAUUUUUAAAAUAAAUUCGUACUACUGGAAAUCAAAUAAUGUAUUACACUAAAAGUUUUGUUUAUUGUAAAUAUAUAAGGAAUCGUUUUUUUAA